CCUUCUCUUUGUCGGGGCAAAAUCGAGGGUUUGAGAGAUACUUGAGACGAGCAGAGAGGGGGUCCCAGCAACAGAGUGAGACGAAUUCUGAGUCGAUUGACGGAGAAGAUCGGAGAUCCGGUAUAAGUGUUCUUCGAAUCGACAAUUUUAAGUCGAAAGGGAAGUUUGGGUCCGAUAAUGAGUCAAUUCAUGUUAUUUGACAGCUCUAGUGCCGAUAACGAGGAGGAGCUCAAAAAGCUCGACGAGAAGAUUGCAUAUGCAGAAGAAAAUUUGGGUGAAAGUGAAGUCCAUGAAGCUCAUCUUGCUAAGGCUCUGUAUUUCAUCAGGAUUAGUGAUAAGGAGAAAGCCCUGGAGCAGCUAUUACUCACUGAAGGAAAAACUAUUUCUGUUAGUCAAAAAAUGGAUUUAGUAUUCUAUACAUUGCAGCUUGCUUUCUUCUACAUGGACUUUGAUCUGGUAUCAAAGAACAUUGACAAAGCAAAAAAAUUGUUUGAAGAGGGUGGUGACUGGGAGAGGAAAAAUCGACUAAAGGUCUAUGAAGGCUUGUACUGCAUGGCCACCAGAAACUUCAAUAAGGCUGCCAGCUUAUUUCUAGAUUCUAUAUCAACCUUCACAACAUAUGAAAUUUUUCCAUAUGAGACCUUAAUAUUCUACACCGUCCUGACAAGCAUCAUAACUUUGGACAGAGUUUCUCUUAAGCAAAAGGUCGUUGAUGCACCUGAGAUCUUAACCGUGCUUGGAAAGAUUCCGUUCCUUUCUGAGUUUCUGAACUCCUGGUAUGAGUGCCAGUACAAGGCGUUUUUCUCAGCAUUUGCUGGAAUGGCGGAGCAGAUAAAGCUUGACCAUUACCUGUACCCGCAUUUCCGGUUCUACAUGAGGGAAGUCAGAACGGUGGUGUACUCCCAGUUUUUGGAAUCUUACAAGAGUGUGACAGUUGAAGCGAUGGCAAAAGCCUUUGGCGUUUCCGUGGAUUUCAUUGAUCAGGAGCUGUCACGCUUCAUUGCUGCUGGGAAGCUUCACUGCAAGAUAGACAAUGUUGCAGGUGUUGUGGAGACUAACCGUCCUGAUGCAAAGAAUACACUUUACCAGGCAACAAUCAAGCAAGGGGAUUUCUUGCUAAACCGGAUCCAGAAGCUGUCUCGUGUGAUCGAUCUGUGAGCAGAUUUUAUAAAUAAAAAGAAAAUUGUUUAUUAGAUUCAUGACAAUUCAUGAUCUCUUAUUCUUCCUUUAAUUCUAGUCACAAACCAUUUCCCAAACAAAAGUGUGGGUUUGGCGUCAUAGACCGUUUUUUUAUAAAUCUUUAUAAUAUUAUUAAUG